AUGCACAUCCAUGGAGAAAAUUUGGAAGAUGUUGCAGUCAUUGAGAAAAUCCUUCGCUCAAUGACUCGUAAAUUUGACUAUGUGGUGUGUUCCAUUGAAGAAUCAAAUGACAUUGAUAGUCUUUCGAUUGAUGUGUUGCAAAGCUCACUGUUAGUUCAUGAGCAGAGGAUGACCAGUUAUGUUAUGGAGGAGCAAGCCUUGAAGGUCAGUACUCAUGAAGGAACUACUUCUUCAGGAAGAGGCAAAGGACGUGGGGGAUUUCGAGGAAGCGGUAGAGGUAGAGGAUGCCAACUUCCUUACAAUCAAGGAGCACAAUUGGACAAGGCGAGUGUGGAAUGUUAUCACUGUCACAAGCUUGGCCACUAUCAAUAUGAAUGCCCUGACAAAGAGAAGGAAACCAAGCACAUUCAGUAUGAUGUCCAAAAGUGUCUCUCAACAAGAGUGCAAGAUCCAACAUGGCUGUGGCAUCUUCGUUAUGGUCAUUUGAGUUUCAAAGGCUUGAAAAUCCUACAUGAGAAGAACAUGGUGGAAGGACUGCCUAAGAUUAAUUGUCCCACAAAAAUGUGUGAAGAUUGCAUUGUUGGUAAACAACGUCGUGAUUCUUUCCCGCAAGGAAAAGCAUGGAGAGCUGAGCAAAUCCUACAGUUGAUUCAUUCAGACAUUUCUGGUCCAAUCAAUCCAACAUCGAAUGGAAACAAAAGUUUUAAGGCUUGA